AGUGAAAAUCGACAAGAAAGAGGUGGAUAUGUGUAGAUAGACGUCUAAGUACAAAUUGAGGUAGAUAGAAAUCUAAAUAAUUUGAGAUGAAAAUAAUGCAAAGCUACGCAAAGUCCAAAAAAAAUGCAAAGUCCAAAAAAUCAACGCAAAGUGCAAAGAUGCAAACACAAUUUGCAAUGAAUGGUUUACAAACGGUAAUCAAACUUGGCAAAUUUGAAAACUUUACAGCCUGCGCGGGCACGAUUUAAAUCAGAUCGAUCAAAAUAUCACCAAGUCUAAAUUUGCAGGCACUACUACUAUGGACUCCAUCAAAGCUGGCGCACAUAGACUGGACGACGGCACUACCAUCUAUGUCUGCGACUGUAGUGCUUGUCUCCAUAAGACUGGAGGACGGAACACACAGGUUUCUAAGGCUACUUACUUCAGACACAAAGCCAGCAGACCGUCGAUUUGUCUUCCACCGGUCCCUUUCACCAUUGCGCCAGAUCUCCCAUCACUGGAUCUUCCAGCCGAAUUCUCGUCCAGCAAAAGACCACAGGAACUUCGGGAAGAUUUUGAUGACAAGGAAGUUAGAUCUAGAAAGAAGGGACGGUCGGACAGCCCGGAAUUAGCACCUUCAUUCGAGCCUGAACUCCAGCCCGAUGAUUCGUCUAUUCAUAUGAAUGACUUGGAUGGGAUCAGAAUGGAUAAUGACACUAUCGAAGAUGUGGUGGAUGGAUGGAGCGCGUUGAGGAUGUGCUUGGAAGCCUUGAUCGAACCUAUCCCGUUCGGUGUUGAUGGCGAGAUAGAUAAAGAUGACUUCAGGAGAAUAUUGUUAGCUGUACAGAAACGCAGUUUCUGGGGGUUCUUGGGAAGACUUACUACGAUGCAAGGAGAGGAGAACUUGAAUUUUGGAUUGACAAGUGGGGAUUGGGAGGAGUUGAGUGGGGCUGUGAGAUUAUCGUUCGUUAGCGAUAACGCCGCUUUAGGUUUUCCAUCUAGCCCGACGCGUCGCGAAUAUUCGUAUUCUCAAUUCCCGAAUCCAUCUUCGUCUUCGGCAUCCGGUUUCAAUGACUGGUAUCAAGCUACUUACAAUUCGGACGAUAACAAACCUCGAUUAUCGAUGCAUUGGUAG